UUGUUUCCUGUUCAGCCGUCAGUUGCUCUCCACCACCAACAACAUGGCUAUACGCAGAAAAGACAGCUUCCUCUGGGGGAAAGCUCCACCGAAACUCCCCCAAGCAGAGAAGAGACAAGGCGACACCAUCAAGAUUCACAAGUUUGAGCUUCUGGAUGACAUUCAGAAGCUGAGGUUGGAGAUCGAUCACGUCCACAGCCCCGAACUAAAGGAACAGAAUAAAAUUGUUGUGAAGAACAGAAGAUUCUUACGUGGGAAAAAGAAAUUCAACAUGGACCCCAAAAGGGGCGUCCACUACCUGGUUGAAAAUGACCUGCUGGAAUGGCGAGCAGAGUCGGUGGCCGAGUUUCUUUACAAAGAAGACGGACUAAACAAGACCGCCAUCGGAAACUUCCUGGGAGAAAGGGAGGAAAUGCAUCUGCAGACACUGAAAGCGUUUGUGGGCCUGCAUGAAUUCUCAGACCUGAAUCUUGUGCAAGCGUUGAGGCAGUUUCUGUGGAGCUUUCGUCUCCCGGGAGAAGCGCAGAAGAUUGACAGGAUGAUGGAGGCGUUUGCAACUCGCUACUGCGACUGUAACCCAGGGGUCUUCCAAUCCACAGACACAUGCUACAUCCUGUCUUUUGCCAUCAUCAUGCUCAACACAAGCCUCCACAACCCCAACGUGAAAGACAAACCCAGUCUGCAGCGAUUUUUUUCCAUGAACAGAGGAAUCAACAACGGGGAGGACCUGCCCACCGAGCUGCUCACGAAAUUGUACACGAGUAUCCGCAACGAGCCUUUCAAAAUCCCAGAGGACGAUGGGAACGACCUCACGCUGACAUUUUUUAAUCCAGACAGAGAAGGCUGGCUCCUUAAAAUGGGUGGUCGAGUUAAAACCUGGAAGAGGAGGUGGUUCAUUUUGACAGACAGCUGCUUGUACUACUUUGAAUACACCACGGAUAAAGACCCGAUCGGGAUUAUUCCUCUGGAGAACCUGUGUGUCAGGAAGCUGCAAAACACAAGCAAACAGUAUUGUCUGGAGUUAUAUAACCCCAAAGGACAGCAGAUCAAGGCCUGCAAGACGGAAAACAAAGGCAGAGUGGUGCAGGGUAAACACCAGUCCUAUAAGCUCAGGGCAGCCGACGCAGAAGAGCGGGACGCCUGGAUCGAUGCAAUCAGGGCGAGUAUCACCAAAGACCCGUUUUAUGACCUGGUGUCUCUACGAAAGAGGAAAGUCAUCACCAACACUUCCUCAUAGUGUUUGGAUCCUUGACGACGCUUUUUUAUGGAUCAAUCAUCCAGGGAUUUUAUGACAAGAGACUGCUCAGGAAAAAUAAAACCAAAACUGACUCGCACAGCAUUUUCAAAUUCGGAACUUGAUAAAGUGUAAAAAAAGAAAAGGGAACUUCAUGUGGCGUGAACUGUGAAGUCUUUAUAUUACUUCUGCAAACUGCAAGCUCCACUGCACCGACUUCAGGUCCUGACAUCCCACUGACAAACAUCUGCUGCAGGUCGAAGCCCAGUAGGGCACAUGCCAACCCUGAAAUCUGAUUGGCUACUUCUGGUUCCCCCCUACCAGAGUCAGAAAGUGAUAGGAAGUUAGUGUCAUGGACGGACGACUGAACAGGCCAACUGGGUCCAGGUUGAGAGACCCUUAAACCGAACCACUGAAUCAAGUGGCUGGUAACAUUUGCUGUUGGGGAGAAGUGCAAAACAACACCAAAAAAGAUGCAAAAACAAAAACAACCUUAAAGAGAUGCAUAAUGACCACAUAAGAGACUUAAAGCAUCCCCAAAGAGACACAUAAGGACUAAAAUCAUACUCAAAACGUGAGUUUUUCAGUCUGGGGGUCUUAUUCUUGUUGAGGGUCCAUUGUCUCAUAAUCAAUCCAUGGGCUGCAGAAACAGUAGCUAUUUAUUGAUAUUAUAUUAUAUUAGAAUAUUCAAAUUUGUUUAUUCUGCAUUUAUUUAUGCACUGAAUAACAUACAGUGCAUAAACAGUUUAUCAUUGCCAAGAAUCAGGGCUUUAAAUUUGAGCCUCAACCCAUUUUUUUUCAAAUAUUUCAAAUGUGUUCCUAAUGAUUUGGGAUGAUUAAACCAAAAGCUGUCCAGUUCUCUAACUUCACUUAGUCAUCAAAUCAUGUAAAUACAUUGUUUUCCUUUUUAUUGAUAUCACAUUUUACCUUUAAUACUAACAAAUUGUUGUAAAUAAAGUGAAAAGAAGGUAAAAUUAAGCUUUUCCAAAUGUAAUAUUAACUUAUUAAUACAUGUUAUUUUGAAUUUAUAUAGUAUAUCUUUUUCACUUGAACAUAUUUUUAAUGACUUUAUGUAUAAUUUAAUGACUGUAUAUUGUUGGAAAAAUCAAACUACUCUU